AUGGGUGCUUCAAACCCUACUCUUUCUGCCCUUUCGGGACCGACAUAUGUCACUGCUCAGGCAUUGAUCCAACAAGUUGCUUACUUGUUGAGUGACAAGAUCUUCUCCUACUCUCCAGAGACCUUCGAACUCGAUUCUGCUCUUCGCCAAUGGUCUGACGCUCAAGAGACCAAGUCAAAUGGAGAAUCUCCCGUUGUUAAGACCCUGGAGACUCGCCAGGGUGCUGGUAACAUGGCUCUGGGAUACCUUUUCUCUCAGGACUUUGACCUGAAGAAGCGCCAUGUGCCUCAGGGUAUCGUGGCUUCUUCUGCCACUUUGCCCUACAUGCGCUCUGCCCUUGAGCAGCUCUCUCUGCUCUACUCGGUGGCAAGCCCGGUGGCGGCACACGUUGCGGCUGUCGAUUACGCUGGAGAUGAGGGACUCGUCUCUGACUAUGCCUCUGCUCUUUCUCUGGCUGAGGACCUUGGCCUGGGUCUAGUUUCCAGCGGCUCUGCUCACGAGUCUCAGCACAUGGCUCUGUUCACAACUCUGCUGGCUUCCGUCCUUCCCUCCAUCCACAUCUAUGAUGGUGUUCGUGUCGGCCGCGAGACCACCCGUGUCAUUGAUGUCCUUGACAAGGAGGGUCUUGCCCGUACCUAUGAAACAAUCCGCAAGACUCUGGAUGAAUCUCGCAACCGCCACCUCGAUGCCCAGGGUAAGGUUCUGGAUCUCCUCAAGACCCUCAAUGGCGAGCUUGGCACCGACUACGGUGCGUUCGAGUACCACGGUCACUCAGAGCCCGUCUCCGUUCUCGUUGUCUUUGGCACUGUCGAGGCUGCCCUUGCUGGCCAGGUUGCUCGCUCUUUGGCCAAGUCUGGUGUUCGAAUUGGUGUUGUGAACGUUCGUGUUUACCGUCCUUUUAUCGAAGAAGAGUUCCUGCGUGUGCUGCCUCAAUCCACCAAGACCGUCGGUGUCCUUGGUCAGGUUGUUGACGAGCAGGCUGUUCAGGAGGAGGGUGUCCACUCUGCCCUCUACGAGGAUGUGCUGGCGGCGUUGACCUUCGCCACUGGUCGCGAGCAUGCUCCUUCUUGUGUGGAGAUCAAGUACCCCCGCUCUCAGCGUUGGGACCAAAUCACCACCGCUGCUGCUUUCCAGCGCAUCUUCGAUAAGCCCAUUCUCCCCGCCGAUAACACUGUCAACGAGGGUAGCCCUCUCCAGCUGCUCGACUCAACUACUGUCCAAGAAUACACUUUCUGGGACGUCGACAGCUCAGUGUCUGAGAACGCUACUAGCAUCCUGAGCCAGGCUCUUGCUGCUGAUUCUGCCAGCAAUGUCACCACCAGCAAGGCUCAUGACAACCUCGUCCAGGGUGGUGCUAUCCGUGUUGACAUUCGCAAGAGUGCCAAGAUCGUCGAUGCUCCCUAUGCCGUUACUGCUGCUGAUGUUUCCUAUGUCGGAAGCAUUGCGCUGCUCAAUGAUGUUGAUGUUGUUGCCUCCGUUAAGGACAACGCUAAGAUCAUUGUUAACGCCCCUGGUGUUAAGGACGAGGACCUUGAGAAGAAGCUGCCUGCUACUUUCAGACAAGCUAUCGCUCACCGUGGAAUCUCCCUGUUUGUUCUCGAUCCCUCUGCCAACGAGGAUGCUUCUCUUGCCGAGACCAUCCUCCAGGCUGCUUUCCUCCGCGUUGCCCUGCCUUCCCAGGAGGGUCUGGCCCUGAAGAAGCUGGCCUCCAUUGCGGGCAACGCUGAAGCUCUGGAGAAUGUCAGCAAGGAUCUCGAGAAGGUUCUUCGGCAGAUUGGGAUCCCCGAGGCCUGGAAGGAGCCUGAGGGAGUCAGCGAGGUUGCUGAGCUUGCCAAGGAUAUCUCUGCCAACAGCUUUGUUGCAUUCGACAAGCAGGAAGCCGAGGUCCCCACUCUGCUCAAGGGCUGGGAGACUGCUGCCACCGGUCUGGCAUUCAAGGAAGCAUUCGGUACCCGAAAUGCUCUCCGACCCGACCUGGCGACCAAGACCUUCACUGUCCACGUCAAGGAGAACCGCCGUCUUACUCCCGUUACCUACGACCGUAACAUCUUCCACAUCGAGUUCGACCUGGGCAACACUGGUCUCACUUAUGACAUUGGUGAGGCCCUCGGUGUCCACGCUGAGAACGACCCUGCCGAUGUCACCGAGUUCAUCGCCUUCUACGGCCUUGACCCUGACGCCAUUGUGGAGGUUCCCAGCCGCGAGGAUCCCAACGUUUAUGAGAACCGCACUGUUUACCAGGCGUUGAUCCAGAACGUUGACAUCUUCGGUCGUCCUCCCAAGCGCUUCUAUGAAGCACUCGCUGAGUUCGCCACCGAUGAGAAGGAGAAGACCGAUCUUCGCACUCUUGGUGGCCCCGACGGCGCCACUGAGUUCAAGCGUCGCUCCGAGGUCGACACUGUCACCUUCGCUGACAUCCUGCUCGAGUACCCCUCUGCUCACCCCGACUUCCACGAGAUUGUCCGCAUUGUUGGUCCUCUGAAGCGUCGCGAGUACUCCAUUGCCUCGUGCCAGAAGGUUACUCCCGACAGCGUCGCCCUGAUGAUCGUCGCAGUCAACUGGGUUGGCCCCAACGGCAAGGACCGCUUCGGUCUCGCUACCCGCUACCUGAGCCGUCUGCAAGUGGGCUCUUCCAUCACCGUCAGUGUGAAGUCCAGUGUGAUGAAGCUGCCCCCGAAGUCCACCCAGCCCCUCAUUAUGGCUGGUCUAGGUACCGGUCUCGCGCCAUUCCGUGCUUUCGUGCAGCACCGCGCUCUCGAGAAGGCUCAGGGCAAGGAGAUUGGUUCCGUUCUCCUGUACAUGGGUUCUCGUCACCAGCGCGAGGAGUACUGUUACGGAGAGGAGUGGGAGGCCUACCAGGAGGCAGGAGUUAUCACCCUUCUUGGUGCCGCCUUCUCUCGUGACCAGCCUCAGAAGAUUUACAUCCAAGACCGCAUGCGCGAGAGCUUGGCUGAGAUCCGCAAGGCCUACAUUCAGGAAGAUGGUGCUUUCUACCUGUGUGGUCCCACUUGGCCCGUGCCCGAUGUGACUGCUGUCCUUGAGGAGGCUAUCGCUGCUGAGGCCAAGGCCAGCGGCAAGAAGGUUGAUACUCGCAAGGAGAUUGAAAAGUUGAAGGAUGAGGAGCGUUACGUUUUGGAGGUGUACUAG